AUGCUAGGCAUCGUGGUUCUGAGCGAAAAAGAGAACUAUUCCAAGAAGUACGAAGUGGGUUCUGUUGAUGACGUCGAUAUGGAGCAAAAAACUCUUGGCUUGAAGAAAGAUUUGAAUAAAUACGAACUGGGUUUUUCUGGGUUUCAAGAAACGAUUUCGAAUUCAAGAAUUUCUGGGGACUUCACAGCCAUUGAGGAGAAGCAGUGUGUGAAGGAAGUCUCAAUGGACGCUUUUGAUGGAGAUUGGAGCAAAUGUUUGGUCGAGUCUGAAAGUUUCUUGAGAAACAAAGAGAAGCUGUUGUUGGGUGGAGCUGAAGGAGAAUUGGGCUCCGGUGCUGAGACCCAUGUUGUGAAAUUUAAUGAUACGGCGACUUCAAUAGAAAUCUUGAGUGAUAGCAAUGCCAAGAACGAAGGAGCCUUUGAACAUUCUUCACAGAUUGUUGAAAAAAUGGGAGUUUUAGAGAAUAAAGAGACGGUUGAGAAGAAAAAUGAUGGUGGGUCUUCUAGAUGUGCAUUGAAGAUGAUUGAAGUGGUUGAUGAUACAGCCGUGAUCGAGAUUGGUUUGGUUUCUGAAGUUGGGAAUGGUUGUGAGAAGGAAAUUGGGUUUCUUGGUUUUGAUAAGAAUUUAGAGAGGAAUUUUAAUAGGAAGAAUAUGAAGCAAGAAAUGGAUGGAAAUAUGAAGCAAGAAACGGAUGGAAAGAAGGUAAAAAGGCUGCGAAGAAGGGGAAAAGGAGAGAAGAAGGGUUUGGGAAUGAAUGGGACUGGCGGUGAUAUGAAUUUGAUCCACAUGGCUGAAGCUCAAUAUGUAUAUGAAAAGAAAGGUGAUGAGGCUAAGACAGUGUACUCAAGGAGGGAGAUGCAGGCUAUGAGGUAUGUGGAUAUGGAAGAACAGAGGAAGAAGUGGAUUGAGGUGUACUGUGGGCUUGGGCCUGCUGUGGCAAGGGAGUAUGAUGGUUUGGUUGAAUGUCAGCAGCAACACAGAAAGAAGAUGGUGCCCCCAGCCAUUCUCAGUAUGUGUUCUUUUUCCUAUUUUGAUGUUCAUUUUAUGUUUUUAUUUGAUAUUCUUCUAUUGAAAAUUGAAUAUAGCGUCAUAAACUCUGUGGUAUAUAUGCAAGUUCUUUUAAUUUCAAACAUUUAUCUUAGUUAUUUGGAAUUUCUGUCAGUUAUCAUACUAUCUUUAUUACAUUGA